AUGGCCUCCCCCCAGAGGUUUGCCCCUCCGCGCAUCGAUGCCUCGACUUCCUGGUUAAUGCUCGAAGACGAACCCCUCGAAGCGCGUUUGCUCAGCGUGGUUGCUCAGGUCUUGGGAAUCGACACGGCAACACUGCGGAUACAGGCCUCCUUCAGAGAGUUGGGAGGUGACGAACAGAGCGCCUCUGCGCUAAGACAGGCUUGCCUGGAUGCUGGGAUGGAUAUUGCUGUGGACGACAUUCUUCGAUGUUCGACCCUCGCCGAGUUACAGACAUGCAUAACGCCAUGCACCACGCCAGCGCGAAACAUCGACAAUGAACUCGACGAUGCCCCAUUUUUUGCCCUUCCUGACGUCGACAGCCACAACAAUAUUAUGGCGCAAGAUGAUGGCGGGGCUCAUUCGCGCAAGCCAAGCCAGGCGAGCCAGGCCAGUUCGGUGACAGUGGGGAAGCAGAGAACGGAACUCGAACAAGCGCUUGGGAUACAACCAGAGAUUGGGAGGAUGGCCACGGUAAGGCCAAAAGCUGGGUUGUUGGAGGGCAAGCUGGUGGCUCUUCUCACCCUCGCUUCCAUGCAGAAAGAGAAGACAGAUUCCUCGCCGAUCGACCUCAUUCCACAGUCACACGCCCUCUUUGCCGGUACCCAGGUUGCCAACUUACGGCAAGCAGCCGAGUCGACUCUGGAGCCCGACGCCGUGCCAGACUUGUGGAUUGUGUUGGACGGAAUGCCCAUGACAGACUCUGGCGACGUGGACGAGAGACGGUUGCGAACAUGGGCCCAGAACAUCAAUGAGGAUGUCCACCACCAGGCUCUCAGCUUGGAGCUUCAAGAAACAUUGCAAGCCCCAGAAUCGGGCAUGGAAAAGACACUGCAGAGGCUGGUCAGCAAAAUACUGGAUGUCCCACAGAGUCAGAUUGGCGUCAAUUUCUCCUUCUCGCAAUUGGGCGGGGAUGAGAUGACAGCUAUGGAACUCGCUGCUCGAUGCAAACAUGAGUCCAUAUAUAUCCACGCUUCCGAAGCCCUCGGAUCAACAACACUGUCCGAGUUGGCAGCCAUUGCAGCAACCCGGGGCGGGCUGGCUCACAAAUGGGAUGAGGAGACAUCGGACGUUUUUGAUCUAUCACCAAUGCAGCACUUGUACUUCCAGACCUCGAUGGGCGGUGAUCUCAAGCGGAGAGUUGGCAUUGAAGGGAGCUACCGCUACAACCAGAGCUUCCUCUUGCGGUUCAAGAAACACUUCAACUUUGUCGAUAUCUCCGCCGCGGUCGAGGCAAUCGUUGGGCACCACCCCAUGCUCCGCGCGCGCUUCGGCCGGGGAUUGCAUGGGUGGGUGCAAAGGGCGCUGCCCGAGGUGCCGGGCUCAUACACGAUAUCUCAAAACACCAUCCGAUCCGAGAAGGAAGCCGAGGAAAUUAUCGCCAAGACGCAAAUAUCCAUCAACGUCGAGACAGGACCGGUGUUUGCAGUUGACUGCUUCACAACCCAGGAUGAGCAGCAGUGGAUUUACUUGGCCGCCCACCACCUUGCGGUCGAUGUUCCAUCCUGGCGCACCAUUAUCCAUGAUUUGGACGAGCUCCUCGUGAACGGUAGUCUGCUGUCACAAAGGUCAAUGCCAUUCCACAAGUGGGUUGACAUGCAGAAAGCUGACGCCAGUGGCCCGGACCCAAGGGAGCUGCUCCCCUUCCCAGUCCAACCCGGCGAUUAUGCCUAUUGGGGCCUCCAAGAUGCCGCCAACACAUAUGGCGAUGCUGUCGAGGUCGGCUUCUCGCUUAGCCACGAACUUACCUCGAUACUCCAAACGUCAUGCAACCAAGUAUUCCAGACAGAUUCCGUUGACAUUUACCUUGCCGCCCUCAUGCUGUCUUUCGCCCAGACCUUCCACGACCGAUCUGUGCCAGCCAUUUGGAACCAAGAGCACGGGAGAGACCCCCUAAACCCUGAUGUCGAUAUCUCCGAGACAGUGGGGUGGGUCAGUUCCCUUUGCCCCAUUGGCCAAAAGGUCGAGAGCGGGGACGACUUCAUCACGGUUCUUCGCCACCUGAAAGAUACAAGAAGAAAUAUUCCAGGACGAGGGGUACAGUACUUUGGGUCGCGCUUCUACCACUACAACAAGGCCGAUAUCGUCGCUAACGACUGGCCAUUUGAGAUCAUAUUUCGUUACGCCGGUUCUAUGCAGCAUCUGGAAAGGGAUGAUGGCGUCCUAGAGCAACUUCCGAUUCCCGGCCGGUCACUGGGCUCAAGAACCUCCGAUAUUGGAGCCGACGUGGGCCGCAUUGCAAUUUUUGAGGUUGACGCUGUGGUCGAUCAAGGGAUGGCGAGGGUGAAAUUUCUCUACAGCAAACAUUCCACAGACCAGACUCGGAUAUCACAGUGGAUACACAACUACGAGCAUCUGUUGCUGGAGGCUAUUGGACGACUCAGGUACCACCCGCAGGAACUGACCUUGACCGACGUGCCGCAUCUAGAUGUUACAUAUGAGGGCUUGCAAACGUUUAACAAGGAACGGCUCUUGACACUCAACCUUCCCAGCGUCCGCGAUGUCGAGACCAUUUACCCAGUCACCGCUGUCCAGCAGAGCAUCCUGAUCAGCCAGGCCUUGAGACCCGAUACGUGCUAUGUUCAUGCAAUUUACGAGUUUGCGUCCCCUAAUGGUGACCCCAUCGAUAUUUCGAGGAUAUGCACAGCCUGGCAACAAGUCACCAUGAGACAUGCGGCACUGAGGACCGUGUUUACCGAGAGCGUCAGCGAAACAGGCCUCUGGGACAAGGUGAUACUGCGCCGAGCGUCUCCUGAAAUGUUAUUCAUCGACACAGCGCCCGCUGAAGAUCCAGUGUACGAGCUCAGCAACCUCCCUAACCUCCGACCUUCAGAUAGCAAACCUCUCCACAGGCUGACAGUCUGCAAGGCGCCCACAAGGACUUUGGUGAAGCUGGAUAUCAGCACUGCUCUUUGUGAUUCCAUCAGCAUUCACCUUCUGCUUCAUGACUUGCGACGAGUGUACGCCACCGAGAGGGCCAUCAUGGAACCAGAGCAGUUUCAAUAUCCCGAUUACCUUUUUUUCCUCAAAAAUGUCCGGCAAGAAAGCAGUCUCAAAUACUGGCGUGAGAAACUGACUGGGGUCACCCCCUGCAUGUUUCCGCGGCUCACUGUUCUUCCUGAAGAGCAGAAGUUUGUUAACGCUGGUCUGGAGCUUGACAUCACUUCGUACGAGUUGGCCAACUUCACUCGGACUCACAAGAUUUCUGCCGCUGCAGUACUUCGUCUCGCUUGGGGACUGCUCCUACGGUGCUUUACAGGCUCCAAUCAAGUUUGCUUUGGCUUCCAAACAGCUGGGCGUGACGAGGCAAAUGUUGGAAUGAGACACGCAGUGGGGUCCUUCGCGAACACAGUUGCCUGCACCUUCGAACUUUUAACAUAUGGCCCGGUGAUUCACGCCCUUCAAAAGGUUGAGGAGGAGCUCCAGGCGACCCUGCUUCAUCAGAAUUUCACCAUGGCUGAGUUGCAACAUGCCAUGGGCGCCAAGGGUGGUGAGCGUUUAUAUAACUCUUGUUUAACUUUCACAGAAGAACCGGCUGGGUUGAACAGCAAGUUUACGACAAGAACGAGCUUCGAGUUGAAACCGAUAACACUGCAGCAGACAUUCGACACAGAUGUCGUCGUAAAUACACGAUUCACUGGCGGAAAGCUGUUUGUCGAUAUUGGUCAACGAAUCAUGUCACCAGAGCAGUCGAUCAACGUUGCCAGCACCUUUGGCAAGGCCAUCCGGGCUAUUUUGGCAACACCCAACAGCUCAAUCGGCCUCGUUGACCUCUUCACCGACAGAGACCUCGCCCAAAUCCUGGCUUGGGAUGCCGAAUCUCCCCAGUUAACCGAGACACUCACUGACACGGUUGUGCAUGAGUUGAUCUCGAGGCAGGCGGAGAUGCAGCCCUCAUCGCAGGCCAUAUGUUCCUGGGAUGGCUCAUACACAUAUCUGCAACUGGAGGAAGAGGCGACCAAGCUCGCUCAUCACUUGGUGGAUGCAGGGGUUGGGCCUCAUUCCGUGGUUCCUGUGGUGAUGGACAAAUGCAAGCUUGCUCCUGUCGCUAUGCUGGCCGUCCUCAAGGCCGGUGCUGCAUUCGUUCCCGUGGAUUCGCUCGAGCUUGGUAUCAUCCAGCCGAUUUUUGAACGGCUCACCAACUCGAGGGUUGCUGUUUCGUCUGAACUUGCGGCCCCUGUUCUCAGCAACCUUUUUGAUCAAGUAGUUGUCGUUACCUCUGAGCUCAUGGGGGCAAUUCCAGAUAACCUAGGAUCGCUGACCUCGAUGGCCGCCCCGACAGACGCUGCCUGUGUCCUUUUCGUUCCUACAUCAACCAGCGAGGCCCGGGGGGUCACCUUCAGCCACUCUGCCCUGGCUACCGCUUUGGUUGGCCAAGGCCCUGCUGCUCGAAUCACACCACUCAGUCGCGUCAUGCAGCUAUCGUCCUUCAAUGUCGACAUUUGUAUUACCGAGAUUUUCACAACGCUGGUCUAUGGCGCUUGUGUUUGCAUACCAUCGGCUGCUGAGAAGCUACAGGAUUUUGGUGCGGCCGUCAACCGCAUGCAGGUCAACUGGAGUUACAUGACGCCUCUGCUGUCGAGGAAACUGGAUCCGACCCUUCUGCCUUCUCUCAAAGUUGUUUGUUUCCGGACACGAAGCCUCGACGAUGACACGUACAACAUUUGGCAUGGGAAGGUCAACGUCGUGCUGGCCUAUGGGCCACAGGACUGUUGUCCUCUCGGGAUUGCCUUCCUCGAAGCCAUGGGAACACAUCAUCUACGCAGCAUCGGGCGACCUUUCAGCGGAAACCUCCUCAUUGUUAACCCAGAAGACCACAAGAAGCGUGUUCCGGUUGGUGCUGUUGGAGAGCUUGUUGUGGAGGGACCAACGCUGGGCUUCUCCUACCCAAACAGGGAAUCCACUGUGAGCCCGAUGUCGCCCCUCGGAACUACCGGAGGCAAGGCCCGCUACUUCAAGACUGGUCACCGCGCCAGAUACACCGAGGGUGGUCUUAUGGAGUUUAUCUCUAGUCAGAGGGAGGAUAUUGACCUUGACGGCAAAACGAUCAACGUUACAGAGAUCGAGCAGUAUCUUCGACGUUGCCUGGGUCGCGGCAUGGACGUUAUCGUGGAUAUUGUGGCAUUCCGAGGACCGAAAUCCGACACCAUUUUAGCUGCAUUUGUGGAGUUUGGUGAUCGCAUUGAGGUGGAUGAAAGCCUUAGCUCGCUGAGCCCUGCCACCCAGGAGCAGUUGACUACGGUGAAGCAGCUGGUUCAGGCUGGACUGGAGAACCGACCGCCCCCAUGCAUGCUGCCCUCGGUCUUCAUACCCGUCAAGCAUCUCCCGGUCACGCCGUCUCUCAAGGUCAACCGACGACGUCUACAGAAAAUGAUCACUGGGAUGACCAAAGAGGAACUGUUCAGCAUUUGCGCCUUCUCUACCGAAGCGAGACUGGCCAUGCUGAAGCCACUGCCACCGACAGAAAGUGAGGAGAAAAUGAGAUUGUUGUGGGCAAGGGUUUUGGGCAUGGAAGAUUCCAAGAUCACGGCUUUGGAUACCUUCUUUGGACUUGGAGGCGAUGUGAUCAUGGCUGGGCAACUAGUAGCCGCUUGCCGCCGCGAGGGCAUUUCACUUUCGAUCGCCAAAGUACUUCAAAAUGCCACCUUGGCUGAACUCAGCAAGACCGUUGCGGAGACUGCAAGUCCUCAGAGCCUACCCGUUCCGCAAGCACCCACCUCUCCGCCACCACCGGUUCCCACAGCAUCAAAUUCGCCUGCGCCACCACCAACCCCCAGCCAAACCCCGGUUCCCAACCCUUCACCAACUGCCCAAUCAUCGAACGCUAUCAAGGAAGUCUUCAUUGAGAAGGUUAUUGCGCCCAAGAUUGGAGUGGACCCAAGCUCGAUUGCCGAUGCAGCCGAAGCCUCGUCUGUUCAGAUCAGGUACAUUGAGACGGGUAUGCUGCGUGGACGAUCCAACAUCAAUUACUUGACGUUCAACUUCAUCGGCGCGGUGGACUCCAAGAAGUUGGAAACAGCCUGCAAAACCUUGAUCAGCAUUCAUCCAAUUCUACGCACUGUAUUUGUCCCAUAUAAUCGUCGAGUGUACCAGGCUGUUCUCAAGAAUCCCGACAUCGAGUUCCGUCGUCAUUACUGCCCGACCUGGAGGCUUGCCACCAUGUUGGAGAAGAUUGUCAAAAAGGACCAGUCCUCUGGCACCAAGUUUGAAACACCAAUGACAAAAUUCAUGUUUUUGGACGGGAGCAAGCAGUCGGUUCUAAUUCUGAGGCUCACCAAGGCUCAAUAUGAUGACUUGUCCGUGGCCUUGUUGGUCAAGGACCUCAAGCGACUUUACGAUGGAUCUCAACCGGCACCCAAAAGGCCAAGUUAUUGCGAUUUCCUGCGGACUGCCCAGCUCUCCAUGGCCCAAGGCCCGGGUGCGGAGGAGUACUGGCGAGCGUUACUAGAGGGCGCUGUGAUGACACAGGUUGUUGCCCAUUCUCAGCCCUACCAGAUGUCUACCCACGUCAAGACAAUUCGAAACCCCAUGCUGUCUCUGGGACCCCUUUCAAGUCUCGGUAUCUCAUUCGAGACAGUCCUCAAGGCAGCUUGGGGUAUGACGCUUGCCAAGCUCUCGGCAACGUCCGAUGUCGUUUUUGGAGAACUGAUCGAUGGGCGACAUGUGCGGCUACCUGGGAAUGUAUCUGUUGCUGGUGUGAUGGGCCCCACCGUCAAUACGAUCCCCAUUCGUAUUCAGUUUCCCGACGCCUCAUUGACGCCCAUGAGUUUGCUUCAAUACGUCCAAGCCCAGCACGGUGCCGGCGUGCCAUUUGAGAACCUCGGGACUCUUUUUCUGAUCGAAAAGUGCACACCAUGGCCAUACUGGACACGUUUCAGCACGGUUGUUCGACAUCAGUAUGAGGAUACCGCCAUCCUGCCCAAUGAGCCCAAGUCAUUUCAUCUUGGUGCAGCGUCAUGCAAAUUCACCAUCAACGAGUCCAGAGCCCAGGACAUUCCAGAUCUCUUUGUGAGAUCCGUGGUUCGACCCCCUGGCCGAGUUGAAAUAUCCAUUUCGUACUGCUCUGAGCGGAUCCCGGAAGCGUUUGCCGACCACGCUCUCCGCAUGCUGGCAACCAACAUCACCAUGCUCACCAAUGCCAACCUCACGCAAGAGCUGAUACCACAGGGGUAUCAGUACCGCAAUAUGAUGAGGCGAAUUCCCCUGACACCGAGCGAGUCAGCUUCUAGCCAGAGCUCGGAAGCCGACAGCUUGAAUCUGAUCAACUCCCUCAGCCAAGAACAGAUCACGCUCAUUAGGACGGCGGUUUCCAAUACAUGGUCGACGAUUUUGAAUCCUCUUGCGCUCGGAGUGCCGGAGGAUCAGGUACACAAUGCCUCAUUUUACGAUCUCUGGGGCAGUCUGAUCCCGGCGUCGCAAAUGAUGCAGCAGUUGAACCGGGAGCUUCCCAAAGCCAACAUCCCAGGCGCCGAUGCCAAUCUCAAGGUCACGAUGGAAGAGAUUAUUGAGAACGCCACCAUGCUCAAGCAGUUUGAAGUCAUCGCGUCCAAGGUGAAGCCGCUAGGAAAUAAAGAUGCAGCAAGGAAGGAGAAGUCAAGGGAGACCACCCGGGUGGGCACCGAUACCCCCAAACUCUCGGGUUUGCAACAGAAGCGAAAGCCAAGCAUGAACAACUUGGCCGCCCCAGCGAGCUCGAGCUCCCUUGGAUCACGCAUCCGCCGUCUGGCGAGCACCGUGGGCCGUACUAACUCGCCGCCCAUUGCCAGACCACAGACGGCAACCUCUCCCCCACCGGUUACGCCAACAACCCCAGUUGCCAUCGGAUUGGCAUCUGCCAUGGUGGCGGACAUGUCACCGCUUGCGCCCAAGCUCGUCGGGAGUCUGUCUCCAAGCAUGGCAAGCACACCUACCAUGCGCAAUGGCGCCAGCAGCGCGGCUGGUGUACCAAAUUCUGCGCCCCAGCUGCCAAGCCUGCCGCUAUUUGAAUCCAUCGCCGAAGAAUCAGAAGCUGCCAGCGACAACACGCUCAAGCCAGCCGCAUGGAGGAAAGCGAGUCCACUGCUCCCAGGCAGUUCAGCCGACAGCAUGACGACGGGGAGUUCAGCCAGCAGCCACCACAGCGGUGAAGGGCUGGGGCUGAUGGCUAGGAUUGACGAGCACGACACGGAGGAGGACACCAUUGUUGCCACAAAUAACCAAAUCCGCACUGGAGCCAAUACACCUAUGAUCACAGAGGAGAUUAUUGCUGGUGAAGCCGAGGAUGUGGCCAGCCCGCUUGCAGCGCCGCCUACUACGACGCCCAAGACGGGGAGCACCAGGUAUUUUUCUACGACAUCAAGUGGGCAGGCUGAAUCAACAGCGGGCGUGAGGGAAGCAAAAGAAAGGAGUAAAUUGUGGGGGAAGACGGGGAUGUCACCUGUUGUUGGGUAG